GGAGAAGAAACAUCAAACCGCCGCUUGGGCGCGAAGCAGGGUUUCAAACGUAUCCCUGUUGGAUAUGACGUGUGGCUGGGGCCGAAUCUCUGGAGCUGGAUCGAAGUACGGAUGGUAUGGCGAGUCGCAAAUGAAGAUGAGUGGUGAAUAAAGAAAAACGUGUGUUGCACAAGGGAGGGAGGUAUGACCUGGAUUGUGACCAUGUUUUGGAACUUAUAUUCGAUACGAUAACUUACUCUACUUGUUCUAAAGGUUUUCUUCAUAUAUUCACACAUUCAUACGUUCAUAUCUUUGGAUUCAAGAAGAUAAAAGACACCCAAUACCCAGCACACCAAGAACACACAACAAGAAUAAUCGAAUCACAAUCAUGCUCGAAUAUUUUACCUACAAAAAAGUCAAGAAACAUAAUGCCGAGAAGAAAGAUCGAGCUUCCAAUUCCAACACUCCUCUAGCAUCACCAAAUCCAGCUUCCCCAUCAACUUCUUCAAAACCACGUCGUUUAAAUACCGUCAGAAGUCGAUCUGCAGAUUUGGGAAGAGGAGGCGCAAGUCCAAUUCUUAACGAGGAGGAUGAAUAUUUCUUGCAUCGAUUUAUAAGUGCAGAGGGAACUCCACCUCCGCUUCCGCAGAGAAAACCUACGUUACCGACUAGACCUAGUGAAAGGAGAAAUGAGGCAAUAACAAUGGGUGAUGAGGCAGGAGAGUGGAGGAAUAAUGAGCUGCAGAUGAUUUUGAGGGAGGGGGAUGGAGAGAGUGUCGAAAGAGAGAAUGAGGGUGCAGCGCCAGGAAAAGGAAAGGAAAAGAUGAGCGAGGAAGGAGAGAAAAUUGAUGAUAAUACUGAGAAAGUGGCCAAGAAGUGGAAGAGAUUAAGCUUUUUGAAUCGAGGCAAAAAGGAAAAGGACGCCAAAGCUACAGGUCUUCAACCAGAUCCCAACAUCUCCGACACCGAAGCUCAACGAGAACAAGACGACCUAUCCCGAGUUCUCGAUGACCUCUCUCUAACCGCUUCCAACAACCGCGCAUUUUCUCUUUCCCCCGAUUCCACCGUUCUCGUUCAAAAAUUCACCUUCAUUCUCAAAGAUCUCAUAAAUGGUGUCCCAACCGCCUACGAUGACCUCGUUCAUCUCCUAGAAGAUUCCCAAGGAACCCUCUCAAAAUCCUACGAUUCUCUCCCCUCCUUCCUCCAAAAACUCAUCACGCAACUCCCGCAAAAAGUCACCACCACUCUCGCUCCUGAACUCCUGGCCGUCGCUACAGAAGCCCAAGCUCACAGUGUUGCGAAUGCCGCGAGCGCUGCGCAAACAGGCGGGAUGGGCGCUGCUGCGAAGUCUCUCCUGACACCUUCGUCGCUCAAAGAUCUGGUGACUAAGCCGGGUGCAGUGGUGGGCAUGUUGAAGGCGAUUGUCAAUGCGUUGAAAUUGCGCUGGCCGGCUUUUAUGGGAACGAAUGUUCUGCUUAGUUUGGCGCUUUUUGUACUGUUGUUUGUGUUUUGGUAUUGUUAUAAGAGGGGGAAGGAGGUUAGGUUGGCGAGGGAUGGGAGGGUGCUUGCGGAGGGGGAGGGGCUUACUCCUGGUGAGGGGGGGAGUAGAGAGUUGAGUAGGGAGGGUUCGAGAAAAGAGGGUGGCGGGAGUAGUGAUGGUGAUGGGUAUAAAGCGAGGAGAGAUGCUAGACAGAGGGAGAAAGAAAUUAGGAAGGAAGAAGAGAGUAGUAGGAGUCGAAAGAGUAAGGAGAGGAAGUAAUAGAGAUGGGGAUUAUGUGGGAUGAGUUAAAGGACAAUGGAUUGAUACUUAUGAUGCUAUGAUACGAUAUGAUGGAUGCGAUGGAUACCCUUAAUACAACGAGAUAUAAAGCCUGGCCUUUUUUUUUUGUUUUUUUUGGAAUGGUAGUUAGAACAAUGAAUUGGGUUGUUUCAUUUAAUUUAAUGAGUAUUUGUGAAUUUUGAUGAUUUUUUAAAUGAUUGAAUAUUGGAGAUUUGUGUUCGGGAAUUUGUGUUGUUGUGAUGGGAUUUGAUUGAUGAAUGAAUGAAUGCAUGGGAGGAAAGAUGGGAGGUCAAAAUGAGAGGAAGUGUGUGUGUGUGUGUGUGGUACAGAAGUAGUUGAUUCAAAGUAUUGAGAAUCUAACCUUGAGAUUCUGCA